AUGGUUGAUAACGUGUGUUAUUUCUUAUUUCUCGAUAUACACUACCAAUAUUACCAAUCAAGGGUAAUUCCUAUUAAUAACGGCACAUGGGUUGAUUUUGUUGGAUUAUUUGAAGGCCUUCAAAAACUUUUCGGUCUUAUGAACUCAAUGGUGGAUUAUGACUUUAUUAUUGUGAAUAAAAAAGUGAAAUUCAACUCUAAAAAAACCUUCAUUGAAUUCAUUGAAAUUAAUAAAAAUUCACCUAAAAGUCCUGUUAUGAUAUUAGAUAUAAAAGAAAUUCUAGAUACUUUACCAACACCAUCAAAACUUGGAGAACCUUCAGAAUGGCAUUUUAAUAACUGCAAUAAAGCUAUUUGUCUCAAUCACUGCCCACAAAUAGCUUCUAGCAUUGUACCUGUUACCCUUCAUUGUUUGAUUUUUUGCACAUUUGAAGAUCGCUGUGAGGAAGACCCAGAACGUGAGGACAACCUUUUUACCUAUAAUUUUUGUCGUGAGAUGGCUAAAUUUUAUGACAAAGAAGAUGUGCGUCGAGAUAUAGCAAAUAGUUUAUUGUCGAAAUAUCUUAAUAUUAAAGUAGAACCAGUUAUGCUUGGUGGAAAUUGA